GCCGAACCUGGGGACGUGCGAAACCCUCCCAAGGGUUUUCCUGCGUCCGGAGGGGCCGCGGAUGGGGCAGGAGAGGUGAUCACCCCGGGGCUGCAGACGUGCCUUCCCGCUGUGGGCGCAGCGCGGCGCGUCUCCCCAGGUGCCGGCACACGCGGGGCGUUGGCUGGCGGGGCGCUGGCCCCAGCUGGUUCGCGGCCCCCGGGUUUGGGCUGGCGAGGAAGCAGGUCGGGGGAGAGUGUGGCUCCUUGCGCGGUUCCCUCGGAAGCAGCCCGGCGAGAUGUCAGGCCUGCUCUCCGUCUUCCUCCACCUCUUCCUUCUCUGCAAGUUGGCGGCCCCGGUGACCUUCCGCCACCGCCGCUACGACGACCUCGUGCGGACGCUGUACAAGGUGCACAACGAGUGCCCCCACAUCACGCGUGUCUACAGCGUGGGGCGCAGCGUGAAGGGGAGACACCUCUACGUGCUGGAAUUCAGCGACUACCCUGGGAUCCACGAGCCCCUGGAACCUGAAGUCAAGUACGUGGGGAACAUGCACGGCAACGAGGUGCUGGGCCGCGAGCUGCUGCUGCAGCUGUCGGAGUUCCUGUGCGAGGAGUUCCGGAGCGCGAACCCGCGCAUCCUGCGGCUGGUCCAGGACACGCGCAUUCACAUCAUGCCGUCCAUGAACCCGGAUGGCUACGAGGUGGCGGCCGCCCAGGGCCCAGACGCUUCUGGAUAUCUGGUUGGCAGAAACAAUGCAAAUGGCGUGGACCUGAACCGCAACUUCCCCGACCUCAACACCUACAUCUACUACAAUGAGAAGUACGGAGGCCCCAACCACCACUUGCCCCUUCCAGACAACUGGAAGAGCCAGGUGGAACCUGAGACUCGGGCCGUCAUCCAGUGGAUACGCUCCCUCAACUUUGUCCUCUCAGCCAAUCUCCAUGGAGGGGCGGUGGUGGCCAAUUACCCGUAUGACAAGUCCCUGGAGCAUCGGUUCCGGGGUUUCCGCCGCACUGCCAACACCCCCACGCCUGACGACAAGCUUUUCCAGAAGCUGGCCAAGGUCUACUCCUACGCACAUGGAUGGAUGCACCAUGGCUGGAACUGUGGGGAUUACUUCCCGGAUGGCAUCACCAAUGGGGCUUCCUGGUAUUCGCUCAGCAAGGGAAUGCAAGACUUUAACUAUCUCCAUACCAACUGUUUUGAGAUCACGCUGGAACUGAGUUGUGACAAAUUUCCCCGCCAAGAGGAAUUACAGCGCGAGUGGCUGGGUAAUCGGGAAGCCCUAAUCCAAUUCUUGGAGCAGGUACACCAAGGCAUCAAGGGAAUGGUGCUUGAUGAGAAUAAUAAUUAUCUCCCGAAGGCUGUCAUUUCUGUCAGUGGGAUUAACCAUGAUGUCACCUCAGGUGAUCACGGUGACUACUUCCGGCUGCUGCUUCCAGGCACCUACACUGUCACUGCCACGGCACCUGGGUUCGACCCAAAGACUGUGACUGUGACCGUGGGUCCCGGGGAACCCAAACGGGUUGACUUCCAACUCAAGAGAAGCAUCCCUCAAGUAAGAGUCCCCGGCGCAGCACCUGGAGGCAGACUCUUACCAAAGCAAGUACAGCCCCGGGUAGCCAAGCGAAAAGAUACAGAGAUGGCAGCAGCCGAGUCCCUGCCGGAAAUCUCAGCGAUUCACUGCGGCCCAGGGAGCACUUCAGAAGGGCUUUGGUCCUGCUCUCUGAUCACAUGAAGCAUUCUUUCUAUUUUAUCAUCUGGGACAUAUUUAAAUAUAAACAUAUUCAGGACAAUUCAGGAUGGUCUCCGUCUAUUCCAGGUGUAAGCCCUCUGAUGCAGUCGUACAUAAACUCAGCGGUGUUCAGUAAGAUUUUCCGAUUGUGAGGGGCGGUGUAGGUCCCGAAGGCUCCGUGCCAGUCCAUAUGCAUCCAGAGACUGGUUCUGGCUGGCCGGCCACUCUGUCACAUAGUCUCGCACAGAGGCUGCAACGUCAUAGGUACUCAAGGAAGAUUUCUGAAUGAACAGCUGACAUGCUGCGAUGAAUGAACCACCAUUGAUGCUGUUCCGAUAGCAAGACCCGGUGAGCAAAUCUGAAAUCCCAGAGUAUCCUUUCAGCAAUAGCCAGUAGUUUCUUGAUAAGAAAAGGAUUUCACGUACAAACACCUCGUCCCACUGCUACCCAUUUUUGUACAUGGACAUGUUAAACAAUGUGCAUAUAUAUUUUUUUAAUCCUCACCAGAGGAUACUUUUUUU